AUGGCGGACGAGAAGAAUGAGACUGCCAUGUCGGCGUCUGAGCCAGUAACCAUGCCAACACCACCGGCCAAGGUAGUUUGCAUCGCAGACCCGCCGCAUGGGAUUAUCUCAGACCCGGAAAAAGUCAAGGUUAAUGAUACCAAAUCUUCAUCAAAGGGAGGCUUGAACCAAAAGCCUAAGGGUCACAGGAGGAACUACACCCUUGAUGUGGAAGCUCAAAUCACCCUGCCCGAAGACCCUCAUCGCAAGCCAUUUUCGCAUGCCAGAUAUGUCAUCUUUACUGUUUAUCGCCGGCUUUUCACUCUUGUGUUCUGCGCAAAUCUUGCGUGUUUUCUUUACGUGAUGAUCUCUGAUCGUCAACUUUUAGCGCUAGUGAAUGCUACAGCUGUCAAUUUGGUGGCCUGCGGUCUUGCCCGACACCCGUUGGUGGUUAAUGCCAUCUACAGAGUGGUGUGCUCGCUUCCUAGAUCAGCACCACUAUGGCUGCGUCGCAUAGCUGCCAAAGCAGCCCACUAUGGUGGUGUUCAUAGUGGCUGCGGUGUUGCAUCUCUGGUGUGGUACAUUGGAUUUGUCGCCGUGGUGUCACAAACCUAUUUCACUUCGUCUCCCAUUAGCCCACUGACGGCAAAUCAAUUCUCUGCAGCACCAAUUAUUAUUGCCUACAUCAUUUUGGUGCUUCUCCUGGUGAUGGUGAUCGUGGCACACCCUGCAAUCCGCAGAAAAUUCCAUGACUACUUUGAAUUCACACAUCGCUUUACCUCAUGGCUAAUUCUGGCGCUUUUCGUGGUGUUGGUGAUGGUUUUCGCCCACGAAGUCAGUGCGGCGCAAAAGGAUACUCUUGGCUAUUUCCUGGUUACUCUGCCCGCGUUCUGGCUCCUGAUCGCAGCAGUCCUCGCAGUGGCCCACCCAUGGCUCCUAUUGCGCAAAGUGCCCGUGCAUGCUGAGCCCCUUUCUACGCACGCUGUACGACUCCACUUCAACCACACAGCGAUCAGUUUCGCGAAGGGUGUGCAAGUCACGAAGCAUCCUCUCCGCGACUGGCACAGUUUUGCCGGCUUCCCUGAUCCCGAUCCAAGUGGCAAGAAUAACCUGAAGAGCUGGUCCAUUGUGGUAUCCAAAGCUGGAGACUGGACCGCGGAUACCAUUUCGAACCCACCAACCUACCUCUGGAAGCGUGGAGCUCUGAUGCGCGGUGUUGGUUACGGCCUCCGUCUCUUCAACCGCAUUAUCAUCGUCACCACCGGAUCUGGAAUCGGUCCCUGUCUCGGUUUCCUUGGCGACGAGAAUCGUCCCGCCAUCAAGGUCAUCUGGCAGACACGUACUCCUGUCAAGACCUACGGACAGGAUGUCGUUGAUCUUGUGCACAAGAUGGGCCCGGAUCCAAUCAUCUGGGAUACGUCGACCGAUGGACGUAUUGAUAUGAUUCCCUUGGUGCGACAGCAAUUGAAGGAGUUUGAAGCGGAAGCGGUGUUCGUCAUCAGUAACCCAGCGAUGACUCAAAAGAUCGUUUACGAAUUCGAAUCCCAAGGGAUUCCGGCUUAUGGGCCAAUCUUUGACUCAUGA